UGCUACACCUCUACUGAACUACUACUUUAAGGGAAUUAAAGUAGAUAAGCAAUCAAACUCGAAAUAUUGUUUUUGGAAAACAAGUGGAGGAGGUCGACAUGCUGGUAACAUUAAGUUAAAAGAGAUAAAUGACAAACGUGUGAUUUGUUUUUUUCGUACUCAUGAAAGUGAAAGUAAAGUGGCUGUAGGUUGUUGGAAAAUGGCUUCAAGACUGGAGGAGGAUCUAACUUGUCCUGUGUGCACUGAGAUCUACAAGGACCCUGUGCUCCUGACCUGCUCCCACAGCUUCUGUAAAGUCUGUCUGCAACAGUUCUGGAACACCAAAGGAUCCAGAGAAUGUCCAGUCUGCAGAAGGAGGUCAUCAAAGGAGCCUCCACUCAAUCUGGCGUUGAGAAACCUGUGUGAGACGUAUUUACAGGAGAGAGAAUCACUUACAAGUCAGAGAGGAGCACUGUGUGAUCUCCAUGGUGACCCACUCAGGCUGUUUUGUCAUGAUGAUCACCAGCUUGUGUGUUACUCGUGUCGAGACUCAAGACUCCACAGGAGUCACCAGUUCAGUCCUGUUGAUGAAGCAGCAGCUGACCGGAAGGAGGAGCUCAAAAUCAAACUAGAUCCCAUGAAGGAGAAGCUGAAGGCUUUUGAAAAAGCAAAACUCACCUGUGCUAAAACAGCUGAACACGUUAAGACUCAGGCCCAGCACACAGAGAAGCAGAUCAAGGAGGAGUUUGAGAAGCUCCACCAGUUUCUACGAGAUGAAGAGGCAUCCAGGAUAGCUGCACUGAGGGAGGAAGAGGAGCAGAAGAGUCAGAUGAUGAAGGAGAAGAUUGAGAAGAUGAGCAGAGAGAUUUCAUCUCUUUCAGACACUAUCAGAGCCAUAGAGGAGCAGAUGGGAGCUGGUGACCUCACAUUCCUGCAGCAGUGCACACUGCAGGAUCCAGAGAGGGUUUCAGGAGCUCUGAUCAAUGUGGCAAAGCACCUGGGCAACCUGAAGUUCAGAGUUUGGGAGAAGAUGCAGGAGACUGUUCAGUAUGCUGCUGUGACUCUGGAUCCCAACACUGCAAACCCACUACUCAUCCUGUCUGAGGAUCUGACCAGUGUGAGACUUGGUCCUAUAAAACAGCAGCUUCCUGAUAACCCAGAGAGAUUUGAUGAUUAUGCCAGUGUCCUGGGCUCUGAAGGCUUUAACUCAGGGACUCACUGCUGGGAUUUGGAGGUUGGAGAGAGCACCGCGUGGGCUGUGGGUGUGAUGACAGAGUCGGCCCAGAGGAACGGAGACAUAUCCUCCAUCAGUGGACAGUGGUGUGUGGUGUAUGCUGGUGCUGAAUAUAUAGCAGAUGCUCCUCCUCAUGACCCCACUCGCCUCACAGUGCAGCAGAAACCCCAGAGGAUCAGAGUGCAGCUGGACUGGGACAGAGGAGAGCUGUCCUUCUCUAACCCUGAUAAUAACACACACCUACACACUCUCACAAACACUUUCACUGAGAGAGUGUUUCCAUAUUUUAAUACAGCUGAAUUUCCUCUGAGUGUUGCUCCAGUGAAGGCCUCUGUGUCAGUAGAGCAGCCCAGUUAGAGCAGAAACUUUCUCUGUCUGAACAAGAGCCCACAUGCAGAGAUGGAUGGAGACAUUUGGGUGUCAGUCAUGAGUCACUCACACAGUAACUACGGUACAGUCAAUCUAAUAUCUGACCUGUGAGGGAUCAUCUUCUGGGUACUUUAAUUUAGUUCAGAAUGUUCUGAUUCUCCAUGUUGAAUAUCCACUAGAAUAAUUUCUGGUGUUGUGCCAUUUAUUAUUCUAAGACAGUUUGUCUCUGUUUGCAUGUUUGCCUUUUUAUGAUGGUUUCUGUUGUGCAUGUAUGUUUUUCUACACUGCUACCACAAGCACAUUACAACUACAGUGAAUCUGAUAUCUGUUCUGUUCUGUGAGGCAUCGUCUUCUGGGUACUUUAAUUGAAUUCCUGAUAUUCUGUGUUUAGAAUCCUCUGACAUAACUGCUGAUUGCACAUGAUUUAUAACACAAUGAUGGUUUGUUAUCCAGGUCUGUGUUUCUACACUGCUGCCACAAGCACAUCAAAGGAAGGCAAUGAGCACCGUACACAUUUCAACAGUGAUAUUUGGCUAUGUACAUUCAAAUAAAAUAAAAUUAAUAAUUUGCAAAUUGUCUAUCCAGUGUUCUUUAUAGAUGAGUGGGAAAGAGCCGGAGGACCGAGGAAGGAAGGAAGGAUAUAUAAAAAGACGAAUGAGAGAGGCCCAUAUAUUACACAGUGCACACCUGUCUAUGAUGUCAUACGAGUCACAUUUAGUGAGGCCACUGCCAUCUAGUGGUGGUUAUUGUGUAACUACACACUCUCCUCUCACCUGUGAGGUUUCCAGUAGAGCAGCAACACAGCACAGGUGCAGCUGGUUCUGCCUCUGUCUGAUCUGAGGUCAGACAUGCUGGAGAUUAAACAGCACUCAAGAGACUGAGAGCACUGCAGUAAACACAAAC